CCAGGCCACUCAUUGUACGUUUCGCCAGUAGGUGAUAUAAGCCCAUGAAGUAAUCAGCAUUUCGCACUUUCGUCUGCGGCAGCAAGUACACCUGACGUAAAGGCUGGGAUGUAUUCUAAAAAUUGUCUAUCGGACAUAUGGAUCAUGACGGAUAUCAGGAUUUCCUUUAAAUUACUGUGCGUUUUGUUCCUUCUCUUUGGCAAGAAUGCAGGCAUGAACACUUACCCCAAGGCGGAGGGUGUUACCUGGACUUCUUCUGAUUUUAAGACAAUAUUAAAAUGGGGUCCUGAACCAGUCAACUACACCUAUACUGUUGAAGUUUAUCGCCAGGGCAAAGAUGGAGAGAAGAAUGAACACUGUAUCCGGACUGAGAAGACAGACUGCGAUUUGACCAGCAUGCUGGUUGACCUGAAUGCCACAUACAUUGCUGAUAUUCUGUCUGAGCCCCUGCCGGGCACGCCUAGCGAUGCAGUGGAGCCCCCGUACACCAAAUCUCCUCCAUUCUGCCCCUACUAUGACACCGAAAUCGGAGCUCCUCACUUCAGGAUUAAUGUGACCCAAGACAAAAGCAAAAUUACACUUGAUAUUGAAGACCCUGUCACUGCCAUCUACAGUGGGAGGAGGCUGCUUAACAUACGGGACAUAUUCAAGAAUGAUCUGCAGUAUAAAGUCUUCUAUAGGAAAGCACAAAGCACUGGAAAGAGGGAGAAAACUACAAGCAGUAGCAAGGUGGUGCUGGAUGUGGACAGGGGUGUGAGCUACUGCUUCAAUGUGCAGGCGUAUGUACCAUCCCGCCUCGGGACUAAGCAGGAUGGGAAGUUAAGCAGCAUGCGGUGCUCGCCGGACAGAGACAAAUCUAUAUUCGAAGAAUACAGCAUUGGUGUGAUCGCAGGAGGCAUCGUGCUGGUCAUUGUGCUGAUAGGGACCAUCACUCUGACUGUGGUAUACUGCAGACGCAGAAAGAGAGGCAAGGAUGCAGGAAAAGAAGCAGUACCUCUGAAGAAGGUGUGAGAGGCAAAGCCUUCCACCCGUGUCAUGGGGACAUGGUACGACUGAGUCGGAUCCACAAACCCUUCUACAUUCCUUUGCCAAACACUGGAAUUCUUUGUUUUGUUUCUGAGAAACUUUGGCAGCCCGCUAAUGAAAUAACAUGAAAC